AGCAAGUUUUUCUUGUUAAAAACUUGUUUCUGAACAAAGCUUGAGUUUUUUUAAAAAUCCAGUCUUGCAAAAUCAUCACGAUGUUAGAUCCUUCAGCUAAAUCCUUCAAUACCCAUUUGUGUUUUCCAAGUAUUCCGAAUGAUGAUCACUCAGAUUCCGGCGUCUGUUCACCUACUUUGUGGAGAACCAGUCCGCCGAAGAGUCCUCCUUUUCACCGGCCGGAAGAUUACUGGAGUCUUUCACCGGAUUCUAAAGCACAGGCUAUAGCUCGUGGUCAACGGGAGCUUAUGGAAAUGGUUAGUAAGAUGCCUGAGUCGUGUUACGAGCUUUCAUUGAAGGAUCUUGUUGAAGUGAAGGUGAAUCAAGAGAAUGAACGGAAGGUGUUCGAUGAAUUGCCUAAGAGAGCAAAUAGGCCGAGUAAAGUUGUGAGGAAGACGAAGAGUGAUAAACGGAUUGAUCCGAAAAGGAGUGGAGGAGGAAAUAAUAGUGGGUUUCUUCUCAAAAUGAUGUUUCCGGUUAGUUUAGGAACUAAGAAAGAUAUGACUAAGAAGAAGAAGAAAAAGGAGGAGGCUUGUAAGGUUUCACCGAGACCUUCGAUCUCUGAGGAGACUGUGAAAGCAGAGGAUAAAGAAUGGUGGAAUAGAAUGGCUGAAUCAAGCACAAAGAGGAGUGGUAGUAGCAGUAGCAACAACAGUAAUAGGAGCCGAAGUAGCUUAAGGGAUGAAAAAAGUAGCUGCUUCUCUUUUCUUACAUUCAAGAGACUAAUUCCUCAAUAUCUGAAACAAAGCUUUCUUGGCUUAAGAAGCAGAGCUUGAUAACCGCAACACUCGAGUCUGCGUUUGCACUCUAAUCUUCUGAGGAACAGCUCAGAGAACAGACACGAAGAUGAUCACUUUUCCGAUAAAUUUUUGCUUCUGCAAUAGCUUAUGUAUCUUUUAUGGAUACGGUUUUAAAUUAUGUAAAUAGAGAGAUUAAUGUGCA